AAGGUUAGCUUUGAUUUUUUUAGUUAUAAAUCUAAUAAAAUCCAUACUAAAACAGCUUAACCACAAAAAAGUACGCAAUAUUUAUACAUUUUGUUGUAUCAAUGUCCAGUUAUGAUGUCAUUGUUUGUCCUAAAUAAAAUCAUACCUAAAGCCAGAUUUACAACUCUCACUGGUCAGCCCAAUUGUUUUUGUUCAACUUCAAACAUACUAAAAGAUUCAUUUACUCUUAUGAAUGUUGAGGAAAAUGGAAUAUGCAGAAUCACAAUGAACAGUAUCAAAAAAAGAAAUGCACUUUCUUUAUCUAUGUUACAAGAGCUCAUAGAACGUUUUAAAACAGCAGCAGAAAAUGAUCGUGUGAGAGCUGUUAUUCUUGCUCAUAAUGGACCAUGUUUUUCUGCUGGCCAUGAUCUUAAAGAAUUGACAAGUGACAAUACAAAAUCAUACCAUGCUCAAGUUUUUCAAAGAUGUACUGAACUUAUGAACCUUAUUCAGGAUAUACCAACACCUGUUAUUGCAGAAGUAAACGGUAUAGCUACAGCUGCUGGAUGUCAAUUGGUUGCCACGUGUGAUAUUGCUGUUGCUACUCACACUUCUUCAUUUGCAGUUCCGGGUGUUUUGAUUGGUUUGUUUUGCUCAACACCAGGUGUAGCACUUGCUCGAUCAAUCCAUAGAAAGCAGGCACUUAAAAUGCUUUUUACUGGAGACCCAAUAACAGCCCAAGAGGCUCUUUCAUAUGGUCUUAUAAAUGAAAUAGUUUCAGAAGAAAAGCUACAGCAAACUUCCAAGUUGCUAGCCUCGCGCAUAACUCGUCACAGCCGUCACGUAAUUGGUAUUGGAAAAGCAACUUUUUAUCGUCAAAUUAAAGAAAACAGAGAUAAUGCUUAUUGUUUGGCAGAGAAAGUCAUGGUCGAAAAUCUAGAGCACGUAGACGCACAAGAAGGAAUAUUGUCAUUUUUUCAAAAAAGACCCCCAAAGUGGAUUAAUUAAUUGCAAUAAACUUGUUAUUUAAAA